ACCGUGGUAAGUGAUGGGUGCGCAUAAGAUGGCAGAACGGACGGUGCUGCUGCUGGCUGCGUUGUUGCUGCUCCUCUUCUGCUGUGGUGCUAGCCACUCGCAGGAGACAACUACGGACGAUUCGGCGAAGGAAUGGUGGGAGACGGCCGUGUUCUAUCAGAUCUAUCCGCGCUCGUUUUACGACAGCGAUGCCGACGGAGUGGGUGAUGUGCGCGGUGUGACGGCAAAGCUACAGUACCUGAAGGAUACGGGAAUCGAUGCGACGUGGCUCAGCCCGAUCUUCAGCUCACCGCAGGUCGACUUCGGUUACGAUGUGUCGGAUUUUAAGUCGGUGGAUCCACUGUUCGGAACGAACGCUGAUCUGGAGGAGCUGUUCCGGGAGGCCACCAAGCUGGGCAUCAAGAUCGUGCUGGACUUUGUGCCGAACCAUACGAGCGACCAGCACCAGUGGUUCAUUGACUCGGAGAAGGGCAUUGAACCGUACAAGAAUUACUACGUGUGGCAUCCGGGCAAAAUGGUGAAUGGGCAGCGCGUGCCACCGAACAAUUGGCAAUCGGUAUUCUACGGUUCGGCCUGGGAGUGGAGUGAACUGCGCGGUGAGUACUAUCUGCACCAGUUCGCCAAGGGCCAGCCGGAUCUGAACUACCGCAAUCCGGCCGUCGUGGCCGAGUUCGAUGAUGUGCUGCGGUACUGGAUGGAGCGCGGUGCGGCCGGGUUCCGUGUCGAUGCGAUCAACCACAUGUUCGAGCAUCCGGAGUUCAUCGACGAACCGAUCAACAAUCCGGGCGAUCCGAACAGCUACGGCUACACGCAUCACAUCUACACGAAGGAUCUGCCCGAAACGUACGACGUGAUCGCCCGGUGGCGCCGCGUACUGGAUGAUUUCGCUCGACAGAAGGGUGGUGAUGCGAUCAUUAUGAUGACGGAAGCGUACGCGAACCUCACGAUGACCCUGCGGUACUACGAAUCGGACGAUGGGCAGCAACAGCGAGCGCACUUUCCCUUCAACUUCGUCAUGAUCGAGGAGCUGGGCGAGGGUUCGACGGCACACGACUUUAAGUUUGUGAUCGACCGGUGGCUCAACAAUCUGCCACGUGGCAAAACUACGAACUGGGUACUGGGGAACCACGAUAAGCCGCGCGUGGCCAGUCGCUACGGACCGGCGCGUGUCGAUGGAAUGCAGCUGAUGUUGAUGGCACUGCCAGGGGUGGCCGUGACGUACAAUGGUGACGAGCUGGGGAUGGAAGAUUUCCGUGACCUAUCGUACGAGGAUACGCUCGAUCCGCAGGGUUGCAAUCUGGGUCCGAACGAUUACAAAUGGGCCUCCCGGGAUCCACAGCGGGUUCCCUUCCAGUGGGACGAUACGUUUAAUGCUGGGUUCUCGAAGGCCCCACGUACCUGGUUGCCGGUUCAUCCACUGUACCGGCAAACGAAUCUACUGAAGCAACAGGAAGCGGAUUAUAGUCACUACAAGUUCUACCACGAUGCGGUGAGGAUGCGUAAGGAUCGUGUCUUUACGCAUGGGCUGUUCAAGUCACGUGCCUUCGGUGAUUGGGCGUUUGCGUUCGUGCGAUAUCUGCGGGAGCACGAGGAUCGCUUCGAUGAUCCGUACCGGGUGGUGCUGAUCAAUUUCUCCGGUGAACCGAAAAUGGUUGAUGUGAAUGAGUUGUAUGAGAUUCGAAACCGGACCGAGGUGUACCUGGUCGGUACGGAGUCACGGCAUAAGGUGGGCCACCGGCUGGACGCUAAGCAGGUUAUGCUCGGUCCGUGGGAUUCGAUCGUUCUCGGACCGGUAUCCGCUGGCACUCGGUUGGUGCUCUCCUUCGUGUUGCUCGCACUUGCUGUGCUGAAGAGUGUUUUUGUCUAAGGUGGCUUCAUUGUUGUGAGCGAUAGUAAUUCAUAUUCAUUAAUUUUAAUAAUCCACUUGAAGCGAACGAACGAACGAAGAAAUAAACGUCCGCCCGGACCAUGUCCGUUUCGACACCCAUCUGA